CUAUUUAUUAAUAAGCAUCUGCAAUAUCGAGAGAGAGAGAGAGAGAAAUGGCUUCACAACAAGAGCGAGAGGAGCUUGACGCCAGGGCCAGGCAAGGAGAGACGGUGAUCCCCGGCGGCACCGGCGGCAAGAGCCUCGAAGCCCAAGAGCACCUCGCCCAAGGGAGAAGCCGCGGCGGGCAGACUCGACGGGAGCAGCUGGGGACGGAAGGGUACCAGGAAAUGGGAAGCCGGGGUGGGCAGACGAGGAAGGAGCAGCUCGGAAGAGAAGGCUAUCAAGAGAUGGGGCGGAAGGGCGGCCUCACCACCAUUGAAAAAUCUGGCGGCGAGCGCGCCGCGGAGGAAGGAGUCCACAUUGAUGAGUCCAAGUUUAGAACUUCAUCCGCAUAGAAAUGAGAAUAUUAGAGUCGGUUAUGUUCGAUAAAUGAUGAUAUAUUAUGUAUU